GGGGUUGCGGGGAGUGGGGGCGCCGGGGCUGGGUUGGUCCCGGGUCUCUGAGCCGCGCCGCUUCCUUCCCUGCAGACCCCGGCGGCGCCGUGCGCGGGGCGCGGAGCGGAGCGGGGCCCGGCGGGGCUGAGUCUCUCCCGGCGGAGGACACGCGGCGGCGCCGGACCCCGCGCACCCUCGGGCUUCCCUGCGGCCGGGAGCAGCCCCGGGGCGAUGGCGGAGCAGGGCCCGGGCCGUGUGCCGGCAGGGCGAGUGUCUGGCGCGGCCCAGGCCGGGGUCGGGGGAGCCUCAGCCCUGCGGGAAGCGGCGCAGGGGCGCGAGGAGGAGCCGGUGCCGCGCCGGGAGAGGCCGGGGCAGGAGGUCACGGUGAGCGUGCAGGGCGAGGAGGUGGCCUCAGACAGGAUGCAGCCCUCUGGGGCGCUGCAGGAGCCUGGCGACUCCUGGCUGGAGCAGUCUUGGGUCCAAAGUGCAGAUGUGCCUCUGGAGGAGGCAGCACAGCGGGACAGCCCAGGGCCUCAGGACCAGCCCACUUGUGGUCCCAGAGAGGAGCCCCUGCGAGACACUGAGUCAGGUGCAGGAACCGUGAGCAGAGCUCAUCAACACCUUCCUGAAGAAGGGCCUGCAAACCUGGAGCUGCUGAGGACUUCCUCAGGGAGGCUGGGGGAGAGGGGCUCCCUGAGCCUUGAGCUGAGCCGAUGGCAGAAGUGGCAGGGGAAGCUGGAGAAGCAGGCGGAGAGCAUGGAGCUUCGGGAGGCCUUUGAGGACGUGGCUGUGUAUUUCACGCGGGAGGAGUGGGAGCUGCUGGAAGAUGCACAGAAGGGGCUUUAUCGGGACCAGAUGCUGAGGAACUGGCGAGCCCUUGUUUCCCUGGGAUAUCGUGGUCUCACACCUGACUUAAUCUGCUGCAUUGUGCGAGGACAGGAGGAGCUCUGGGUCUGUGAUGAUGAGGACCGUGGGGACAUCUCAAAAUUGGAGGACCUGCUGCCAGGUGGUGCCUGCGUGCUGAGCAGAGUUGAGAAGCAGAGUCUUGAAGAAAGAUCUGCAAACCUGGAGCCUACCUGCACUUCCCCUGGGGGUUUGGUCGAGGUGGAGUCCCUGAGACCUGAGGAAGACCAAUGGCUCCAGAGCCAGGGGAGACCCCAAAAACAGAGGGAGAACGUAGCAGUGAAGCAGAUGCCAUCUUCCCUUGGGCGUGAGAGUGGAGAAAGGACAGAGUCCAGAGAGAGCCCUGGGCCCAGGGAAGAAUUUGUGGAGAUGAAGAGUCAUGAGACAAAGUUCCACUGGAAAGAGACCCUGUGUCCGAACCAAGCCAGUGGGGAGGGACUGAGGGGGAAACGGGACGUGUCCGCCAAGCCCAGGGGCAAAGCCCACCCCUACCCUGAGUGCCAGAAAAACUUUAGCUGCCCCUCACAUGGGGCUCUGCCACAUAGGUGCCCUGAGUGUGGGAAGAACUUUACCUGCUCCUCCCACCUGGCUGUGCACCAGUGCAUCCACAAAGUGAAGAGACCACAUCAGUGCUCUGAGUGUGGGAAGAGCUUCACCUAUUCCUCCCGUCUGGCCCAGCACCAACGUAUUCACACUGGUGAGAAGCCUUAUCAGUGCUCUGAGUGUGGGAAGAGCUUCACCUAUUCCUACAAUGUGACACUACACCAGCGCAUCCAUUCAGGGGAGAAGCCAUACCAGUGCUCUGUGUGUGGGAAGAGCUUUCCCAGUUCAUCCUACCUGGACCGGCACCAACGCAUUCACACAGGAGAAAAGCCAUAUCAGUGCUCUGUGUGUGGGAAGAGCUUCACCAGUUUAUCCAACCUGUGUGAGCACCAGCGCAUCCACAGAGGGGAGAAGCCAUAUCAGUGCUUUGUGUGUGGAAAGAACUUCACCCAUUCCUCCCACAUGACGCGACACCAGCGCAUCCAUACUAAGGAGAAGCCAUAUCAGUGCUCUGUCUGUGGGAAGAGCUUCACCCAGUCUUCCCACCUGGCCCAGCACCAGCGUAUCCACACAGGGGAGAAGCCAUAUCACUGCUCUGUGUGUGGGAAGAGCUUCACCCAGUCCUUCACCCUGGCCCGGCACCAACGCAUCCACACAGGGGAGAAGCCACAUCAGUGCUCUGUGUGUGGGAAGAGGUUCGCCAGUUCAUCCCACCUGGCCUGUCACCAACGCAUCCACACUGGGGAGAAGCCACGUUAGUGCUCUGCGUGUGGGAGGAGUUGCAGAGAUUCCUCUGACCUGGCCAUCCACCAGCAUAUCUGCACAGGAUAUAAGCCACAUCAGUGCUCUGACUGUAAGAAGAGCUUCACCCAGUUCUCCUAUUUGGCCCAGAACCAGCGUAUCCAACCACAGGAACAGUAGUGCUGAGUAUGGAAAGAGCUUGUCCCAGUCCUUCAGCCUGGCCACACACGAGUGUAUGGACACGGUGGAGAAACCACAUCAGUGUUCUGUGUGUUGGAAGAGCAUUGCCCAAUCCUACAACCUGACUAGACACAAACAUAUUCACGCAGGUGAGAAGCCAUAUCAGUGCUAUGAGCAUGGUAACAUCAUCACCCAUUCUUCAGCCUGGCCGUACACCAGCAUAUGCACACAGGGGAGUAACCACAUCAGUGCCCUUAGGGUAGGAAGACUGUCACUGUUUUGUCCCACCUCGCCCAGCACCAACGCACCCACAGAGGGGAGAAGCCGUAUCAGUGCUCUGUGUGGGAUGAGCACCAGUUCCUCCUAUUGGGCCAUCCACUGGCACAUCCAUGCAGGGGAGAAGCCAUAUCAGUGCUCUGAGUAUGGGAAGAGCUUCACCCAGUCCUCCCACCUGGACCGGCACCAACACAUCUGUGAAGAAAUCCCGCUCUGUCUGUCUCCUUUGACUAGGACAUUCCAGCCUCCCCUCUCGUUUUUAAACACUGGCUGUUUGGAUUCAUGCAGGGAAGAAUCUACAUCUAUGUUGUUUGUGUGGGAAGAGCUUUACCAAUUCCUUCUACUUGGCCCUGUACCAGCGUAUCCGCAUGAGAGAAGUGCUCUGAGUGUUGAAGGAGCUUCACCAUCCUUCAUCCUGGCCACACGCAGGGGAGAAACCACAUCAGUGCCCUGAGUGUGAGAAGAUCUUAAUUAUUUCAUCCCACAUGGCCCAGCACAAAUGCAUCCACAGAGAGGAGAAGCCACAUCUAUCCUCUGUGUGGGAAGAGCUUUACCAGUUUCUCCGACCUGGCCAUCCCCCGGAGUAUCCACACACAGGAAAGCCACAUCAGUGCUCUGUGUGGGAGAAGAGCUUCACCUAUUCCUGCAGUCUGAUACAAUGCCAGCACAUCCAUAUGGGAGAGAAGCCAUAUUAGUGCUCUGACUGUGGGAAGAAGCUCACCCACUCCUUCAGGCUGGUCACUAUAUCCACACAGCAAAGAAGCAACAUCAUUUCCCUGAAUGUGGGAAGAGCUUCACCCAGUUCUGCAGCCUGGACACCCAUGCAUCCACACAGGGAAGAAAAGACUUCAGACCUUUGUGUGUGAGGAUAGCUUCCACAACUGCCUGUGUACCCACACCCGGGAGCAUCCAUAAUUCUGCCAGAAGUGCAGGGAGGGCUUGUGGAUGCCUACCUGCUCGGAUCUUACCAGUGGCUGCAUUCAGGGAAGCAGCCUCCUGCUGCUGGAGUGUAAAAUAGCAUCAUACAGCCUUCGGGCCUUGUAGGGCACUGCAGAACCCAAAGGACCCAGUAGCUGGUCCCCAAGGUUUCAUUCGCCAGAGUGGCUAAUAAGAAACACCUCAGGGUGAGGCCAGCCCGGAUGCUGGGACAACCUGUAAGGGGAUGAUCUUUCAAGAUAUCAGUCUUGGAGCCUGUGCCUUUUCCAUUGUUCUUGAAAAGCAGCUUGUCCUUGCCAGGGAGAAGAAGUGCUUUCCCAAUAGGCUGCCCUCCCCCAAGAUAGCUGGCUCCAAGUGCCACCAGGACCUGUCCUUGGCCAUCUGCCGUGCCAAUCAGGUCUGCAAGGAGCUGCUGCUGCCACCUAAGCCCAGUCUGUCAGGUUUUGCUUUUCAGCCUCUCCAGAAUGCUGUACCCCUGGGUGCCUGCUGCUCCCCUGCCUUUUGCCUCACUUUGUAAUGCAGUCACUGCUCAAAAAGUCCUCCUAGUGCUUGGGAUUCUCGUGCUGGCUGCAGCUGUGGCUGGAUAUUUGUUGUACAUAUGUAGGCAUCUCUGCCAGAGAGAUGGGAAGCAGAGCAGUGGAGAAGGACAUACACACGGCCCUGGGGAGCCCCUGAUGCUGGUCACAACCAAUGAACACUCACUUGCUAGUUGUCAUCUGCAGACAGACAGAUUCAGCAUCAGCAAGGUUUUCCCAGCAGGGGUGACAGGGCAUGGGCAGGAAGGCGGGUGUAGGCUGGACCAUGUCUUCCCUACCAGUGCUGUUCAGACCCCACCUGCCAUGUCUGUGUGUGUGUGUCCCAAACACCUGGAUUCUGUCUGUGUAUGUAUUGCGGGUCUUUGUCAGAGGGGCAUGAUGUAGGAUGAAGCCCUUGAUGUCCAGGUGUCUUGUGGGUCUCUGUUGUGAGCCAGAGCCUCUUUGUCUUGAAUAAUUAUGACGACUAGGUCAGACGGUCAUAAACUACUACAAGACCGUUUCAGGCUGGACAUAGGGAAGAAUUUCUUUACUGUCCGAGCCCCCAAGGUCUGGAACAGCCUGCCACCGGAGGUGGUUCAAGCGCCUACACUGAACACCUUCAAGAGCAAACUGGAUGCUUAUCUUGCUGGGGUCCUAUGACCCCAGCUGACUUCCUGCCCUUUGGGCGGGGGGCUGGACUCGAUGAUCUUCCGAGGUCCCUUCCAGCCCUAAUGUCUAUGAAAUCUAUGAAAUUAACCAAUAAUCACAGUCUCGUCCUCACCUGCCAUGCCUUGAUGUAUCUUAUAACUCAGGAGGUGUUGCUGUGUUGAAGGUUUCAUAGUUUCAUAGUUGGUAUGGUUGGAAGGGACCUGAGGAGAUCAUCUAGUCCGACCUCCUACCGUGGCAGGAAAGAGCACUGGGGUCAAACGACCCUGGCCAGAUGUUUGUCCAGCCUCCUUUUAAGGACCCCCAGGGUAGGAGCCAGCACCACUUCUUUUGGAAGUUGGUUCCAGGUCCUAGCUGCCCUGACAGUGAAAUAGCGCUUCCUAAUGUCUAGCCUGAAACUACCCUCUGCUAGCUUGUGUCUGUUGUUUCUUGUAACUCCUGGGAUUGCUGGGCGGAAGAGGGACUCUCCCAAUGCCUGCUGGUCCCCCUUGACUAGGUUGUAGACUGCCACUAGAUCCCCUCUCAGCCUUCUCUUUUGAAGGCUGAACAGGUUCAGGUCCCUCAGCCUCUCCUCGUAGGGCCUGCCCUGCUGCCCCCUGAUCAUGCGGGUGGCCCUCCUUUGGACCCUGUCCAUAUUGGCCACAUCCCUCCUGAAGUGUGGUGCCUAGUACUGGAUGCAGUACUCCAGCUGCGGCCUGACCAGUGUCACGCAGAGGGGGAGGAUCACCUCCUUGGACCUGCUUGAGAUGCAUCUGUGGAUGCAUGACAAGGUGUGGCUGGCCUUCCUGACCGCGUCCCCGCACUGUCGGCCCAUGUUCAUUUUGGCAUCAAUGAUGAUUCCAAGAUCCUCUUCUGUGUCAGCACUGGCGAGAAGGGAGUUCCCCAGCCUGUAGGUAUGCCGCUGGUUCUUCCUCCCCAGGUGCAUUACCCUGCGCUUGUCAGUGUUGAACCCCAUCCUGUUCUCAUCAGCCCACCCCUGUAACCUGUCUAGAUCCGCUUGUAGCCUGUUCCUACUAGCGUACCCACUUCCCCCCACAUCUUAGUGUCAUCUGCAAACUUGAACAGGGUGCUUUCUACCCCCUCGCCCAAGUCACUGAUGAAGAUGUUGAACAGUGCGGGCCCGAGAACCAAGCUCUGGGGAACCCCACUGCCCACAUCCCUCCAAGUCGAAUAAGUCCCAUCCACCACCUCCCUCUGGGUGUGGCCCUCCAGCCAGUUAUGACCCAUCUGACCGUGGAGGCAUCAACACCACUGUCUCCUAGCUUCUUACUGAGAAUGGGGUGAGAGACCCAUGUCGAAGGCCUUCCUGAAGUUCAGAAAGACUAUAGCUACUGCCUGACUCCUAUGACUCUACAUCCUGAUAGCACUGAAGUCGGUCACAGGAGCCGCCGGCAGCCCCAAGCGCCUCACACAGGCAGCAGCAGAACUGCUAUCUCUACUGCAAUGAGCUGUAUCUACCUUCCAGUUGGUAACAAAGAGCUACUUGUUUCAUGGGACAGGCCUGAAGUUAUACCAUGCAAGAAGCCACAGUGUCCAUGUAUGGCUCUUUAUGUGAGUGCAUUUAUUAUUGACUUACAGCAAAUUAGUGUUGAAAGGGGCCUCAGGAGGCCACAUCUAGUCCAAUCCCCUGCUCAAAGCAAGACCAUCCCCAACUAGAUCAUCCCAGCCAAGGCUUUGUCUAUCUGGGUUCUGAAAACCUCUAAGGAUGGAGCUUCCACUACCUCUCUGCUUAACCUGUUCCAGUGCUUCACCACCCUCUUAGUGAGAGUUUUUCCUAUUAUCCAAACUCAAUUCCCCUUGCUGCAACUUGAGCCCACUGCUCCUUGAUCUGUCACCACUGUGAACAGUCCAGCUUCAUCCUCUUAUGGACCACCGUGCAGGGAGUUAAAGACUGCUAUUCUAUCCUCCCUCAGUCUUCUCUUCUCCAGGCUAAAUAAGCCCAGUUCCCUCAGCCUGUCCUCACACAUCAUGUCUCCCAGCCCCUGAACCAUCUUCAUUGCCCCCCACUCCAAUGUGUCCACAUCCUUUCUGUAGUGGGAGUCCACAACUGGACACGACUCCAGAUGUGAUCUCACCAGUGCCAAAUACAGGGCAGGAAUCACUUCCCUCGAUCUGGCAACGCUCCUACUAAAGCAGCCCAGGAUGCUGUUAGCCUUCUGCACAACGAGGACACACUUUAUACCUAUAUAAUUCCCUGAAUGUAUAUAUUUGUCUGGAUUUCCCCCAAAAUCCAUUAUGACACAAGCUGCACAUACCAGCCCUGGUCAGUGGCAGUGGGUGGAGAUUUGCAGAGGGGUGAAAAAAAACGCAUGAAUCCAGCCAAGAGCAAUGGAGAGAUGAAAAAAAAUUAAAAGGGAAGGUUUGGGGCAUUUGGGGUUUGUUUGUUUUUGUUUUUUUACUGAUUUUCAUGGUGUCUUUUUUUUUCUGGGAAUGAGGGAAGGGGAUGAUCGGUCCCCAGUUUGUCCUGCACUGGUACAGGCUGGAGGUAGAUUAUUUGAAUUUUAAAAAGUCCUUUGAUACAGUGUCUCAUCCCAUUCUUGGAAAUAAACUAAGCAGGUGUGACGUAGAUUAUUACACGGUCAGGUGGGUGGAGAAUUGGCUUAUGGGAUGCGCCCAGAAAGUGGUGGUGGGCGGGUUGGUUUCUACCUGGAGAAGUGUGGGCAGUGGUGUCCCCCAAGACUCCUUCCUUGGACCAGCACUGUUCAACAUCUUCAUUAGUGACUUAGAUGAGGGCAGAGAAAGCACUCUGUCCAAAUUCACAGAUUACACCAAAUUAUGGGGCAUUGCAAAUGCACUGGAGGGCAGGGAGCAGAUUCUGGCAGAUUUGGACAGAUUGGGGAAGUGGGCAGAACAGAAUAGGAUGCAGUUUAACAAAGAUACGUGCAAAGCACUGCACCUGGGGACAAAGAAUCAACACACCUGUAGACUGGGGGUGACCUUCUAAGCAGCACAGCAGCAGGAAGGAAUCCCAGAGUCACAAUCGAGUCCAAAAUGAACAUGAGUCGUCAGUGUGAUGAAGUGAUAUGUAAAUGAACCUCACUCUUUCAUGCAUUAGCAGGCAUAUCACAAACAGGUCUAGGGAGGUGAUGUUUUCCCUCUAUGCGGCAUUGGUGGGGCCACAGCUGGAGUGCUGUGUCCAGUUUUGGGUGCUGCACCUCAAGAGGGUUGUGGAUAACCUUGAGGGGGUCCAGAGGAGGGCCGCUACUAUGGUUAAAGGCCUGAAGGUAAGACCCUACGAGGACAGAUUGAGGGACCUGAAUCUCUUUAGCCUCCACAAGAGAAGGCUGAGGUGAUCUUGUGGCUGUCUACAAAUUCAUUAGGUGGGGACAGCAAGGAAUAGGGGAUACUCUGUUUACCAGGGCACCUCUUGGGGUUACUAGGAACAACAACCAUAAGCAGGCAGAGAGCAGAUUUAGAUUGGACAUCAGGAAGAAAUUCUUUACGGUGAGGGUUGCCAAAAUCUGGAAUGGGCUCCAAGGGAGGUGGUGUUUUCCCCUACCUUGGAGGUCUUUAAGAAGAGAUUAGACAAGCACCUGGCUGGGCUCAUCUGACCCCAGCGCUCUUUCCUGCCCAGAGCUGGGGUUCGGACUCGGUGAUCUACUGAGAUCCCUUCCAACCCUAGACAUCCAUGAAAGCUAUGACUGGCCAAGCAGCAGCUCUGAAGUGGGCAAGAAGUGAAUAGGAGCCAGCAGAGUGCCCUUGUCUCAGGGGCAGGGGCAUGGAGGGAGCCAUGGGGCUGGGCUGCAGACCCCCGCCCCAGGUGGCCAGGCCAGGGGCCCUGAGGGGGCAUUUUGUCAGUAUUUAAAGUAGACUGAAGUUGUCAACACAUGAGCCAGGCUGGAGGGUGCUUUUAAAGAGACGGAAAUCACCUUACAUUUAAAACGCAUCCAAUCUUUAAUUAAGAUAAAAUGUGAUAGUGCAUGUCAAAAACCCACACUUGCCUUAAUUGCGUGUACUGAGCCGGGGCUUUCUAAGUGGUGAUGUCUAAUUGCUCCCCCCAGGCGUAGCUAGCGAGCUGUACAGCCAGCAACCCCGUAUCAGUUCAAGUCCUUGUCCUCUGUGGAACUGAAACAAUAAAACCCCAAAAUAAAAAUAAGCAUCUUUGUC